CACUUGAGGUUCACGAUCCGCGGCGGCAAAGCAAACAAUGGCCUAUAAAAACGGGGUACUUCUUGACACGCUCUUGCCACUCGAGAUCCCAAAAAAUUGGCCUCAGGGUUUAAUAAAUAAUGUAUUGCGAAUGAAGAAAGGCUUUCUAAAAAGCAAUCCAUAUUGGUUGAAAAAAAAAAAAAAAUAGCAUUCCGGGCAACAUGGCAUCCAUGACCGAUGAAAGAAAGCGUCCCAAUCCAAUCCAAUUCAAUAGAAAUUCGUCAACUCAUCGUGGGCUAUAAAAGUGGCAAAGGUUUGGACAACGGCAUACACAGUUUGAUAGCAUAUCGUCCAGAAAUGAUCUACACAAUUCUUGUGCUCUGUCUGUUGGGCAGUUGCUGGCCAGGAUCAGCAAUGGCCGAAGUUAUUGAGAAGGAACCGGUGGCCAAGAAGGAUUCCAAUGCCCGUUUGGCUGGCAUAUAUGUGAAGGAUGGCAACGAGAAUGGUCAACUAAGAUUCCUGGCCUCGGGAUUAACAAGUAGCAGUAGCAGCAGCAGUAGUAGUUCCAGUUCAGGCCUAAAUUCAGCCCUCAAUCAAUAUAUAACUAAUAAGCAGGAUAUGCUAGAGCAACUGCGCCCAACUUCGGGCUCUAGUUCAACGGGAACAUCGACGGGAACUGGAAGUGUCACCGGAACAUCGACAACGGGAACGUCGGGAACUGGUAGUGGUGUUGUGACGACAACUUCAAAUGGUGCCAUCUAUGUAAAUCUUGGUAACUCGGGAUCAUCAUCAUCGUCCUCGUCAUCUUCAUCAGCAACCAAUGCCGCCAUCAAUCAGGUGAUCUAUGGAUCAUCACCAGUUGCCGGUCUCUUGCCACAGAUCGUUGGACAGGCGGUGUCUAGUCGAGUGCGUCCUGGCCAAAAUAAUAGGAGGCGUGUCCCGGCCCGUAGGCGACGGGUUAACAAGAGGCGUGGUAGCAUUAACAACAACAACCAGCGACGUCGCCGACGAGGCAAUAAACGCGGCAAGAAGAAGGCUCAGGUGAUGGUUGUCCGUCCAAAUCGCGGUUAAAAAUAAGGGAUUCCGCUAAUUCCGCC